AUGUCUUCAGGUGUGAUGAGAUUUCUGCAGAUAGAAUGGCACAAGCAUGAACGGGAACGGAAUGCUUGGGAAAUAGAAAGGGCGGAAAUGAAAGCACGAAUAGGGAAGCUUGAAGGGGACCUCAGAACCAAUAAAAAGCUUCGCGAGUCCAUGGACAAGCAUAUUCGGAUGCUUGAGAAUGCGCUGAAGAAAAGUCGAGAAAAGACUGCGAAACCACAGGAGCAGGAGAAUGGCAGGACCGAUGGCUUAGAGGCAAAGGGCAGCGCAAAGUCAAGCCCAAGUCGUAAAUCACACAACUCCAAGUCACCAGUCCGCCUCCUUAGCCCAGAGGGUGAAGAUCUUGCAUCACAAGGCUUGAAGCAUGAAGCGGAACGAGAAAGAUCUAGGGUCUACAUGGGGAAAUGUAUCGAGGAAUUCGCCUAUCAUGUUUUUUCCACUACAGGUUCACAUCAACAAUAUGUCGAGGAGGAGCAAUUACUGCAGAACAAUCAAUUCCCGAAUCACCAACAAAGUCAUGAUGUUUCGCUUGAAGACGUGUAUGCGCAGCAACGACAAAAGCAACACAGCAAUGUCGGAUCUCUCGGCCCUUCACCUUUACCAAAUCACCAACCUCCACCUGUACCCAAAGUCAAUGACGUACCACCUUUAUCACGGAGCUCACAUCUAUCAAGGGGCUCACAACAAGCUCCCGAGGAACCACCAUUUAUGUCCAGGAAUCCACCUAACCGACCACAGCAGGAAAGGGGAUCGUUUGUGAUAGAGAGACCAAGCCAAAUGAAGUCUAGUGGUGAUGCACAAGCAGAUGAGGGAGAGAAGGCCUACAAUAACUAUGGACGGCAAUCUCGAGAUGAGGAAUCUACUCGUAUCCAUAGUGAGCCACAUAUAGCAGAGACCGAUGGUUGGAACUUCGAUGACGCUUCAGAACGACUCUUGAAUGAACAAGAACCUUCUCCUCACCCCCAAUCCCUUCGACCUGACACAGAUGCUUUCCCGAACGCUACGAACAUAGCCAUGAAGUCACCAGGGCGAGGCCCAGAUUCGCAUCGAAGAAAGACGUCCUUGACGCGAAGGAGGCAGAGUGAUGGGUCUCAUGAGCUCAGGGAGAUCUCAACCUCGCACACAGGAAGCUUGAGAGGCGAUCCUGGCCAGUUCAAAGUACGAUUCGCCCUGCGAGGACAUCUUGAUGUCGUCCGCUCUAUCAUCUUUACAGGAGGUGGCAGCCCUUCUGCACCUGAAUUAUGUACAGCAGGAGAUGAUGGUGUUGUCAAGAGAUGGAUAGCAGGAAGUACUACGCCUAAAGGAGAUGAUCUAGACCUCAAAUGCGAUCAAACGCACCGAGGUCAUACUGGUGCGGUGCUCUGUCUUGCUGCAUCGCCAGUCUAUCAACCCUUCUCGAAUGGCGGUCGUGCCCAAGGCGACGGCUGGGUCUUCUCUGGUGGUCAAGAUGCUACAGUCCGUGUUUGGGAACGAGGGAGAGUAGAUCCAAAAGCCACUCUCGAUGGUCAUACGGACGCAGUCUGGACUAUGUGUGUAUUACCAGGCACAUCUGGCUCCAUACUAGGUAGCGAUCAAGCAGCCCAUCACGGCGGCAUGGACAGGACUAUCAUAGCAUCUGGUGCUGCAGAUGGCACGAUUCUCGUCUGGGCCGUCAGUUCACCACCUACCGUCGCCUCACCUCAUACUGGAUCACGAAGAGGCACAGGCGGAAGUCGUCGAGCAAACUCAGUCUCUUCUGGAUCCAACUUCCCUUCAUCACCUCAACCUAACGCCUCCACCGCAUCAAAACCCUUUCACUACUCUCUCGUCCACAGAAUAGAACCCCGAAUCGACAACCCUGCUCCGACCUGUAUAUGUCCCCUCUCACCAACUGGCGAAACCUUCGUCGCCUCAUUCACUGAUGCUGCCGUCCUUGUCUACGACACCAGAACAGGAGAAGAGAUCGUUGGGAUGGCAAGCCAGGAGUCAUAUACUGGUACUUCUGCAUCGGGCGUCAACGCUAUCGCUGCCACGACUACAAUGGGCAUGGACUCGCACGAAAGGUCCGAGGACAAGAGCGUGCCGCCUGGUCCGACAGGGAGCAGUAGCAAUGGCGCUGAGGGCACAAUCAUCAGUGGUCAUGAAGACCGAUACAUCAGCUUCUUUGACGCUAACAGCGGCCAAUGCACCUACACAAUGCUAGCGCACCCCUCCCCAAUCGCCUCCCUCUUCCUCAACCCCUCCGCAACCGAACUCGUCUCCGCCGGCCACGACGCCGCCAUCCGCUUCUGGAGUCUCGAGAAACGCUCCUGCACACAGGAAGUCAAUACCCAUCGUCUCAUGCGCGGUGAGGGCGUUUGUGCCGUUGUUUGGAGCUUGGAUGGACGUUACGCGCAAAAUCAAAUGCUCGCAUAG